AUGCAGAAUUUAGAUAAAAAUUUAAAUGAAGAUUAGAGUGUUGUUGUUGCUUUUGGCUCUACAGGAUGCGGAAAAUCUACAAUUCUGAAUUAUCUACUUGAAAAGACAUUAAUUAUUAAAUAUUUAAAUUUAUAAGCUCGCCUUUGUUGUGAUGAUCCAGAAAGUUUUUAAAUUGGCCAUUCAGUUAAAUCUACAACUUAAAAUAUCUAAAUUAAAUAAAAUGGUCUACUAAAAUUAGCUGAUUUUCCUGGUUUAUAUGAUACAAGAGGAAUAGAAAUUCAGGUGCUGAAUUUGCUAAUAGGCUAGAUAGACUGA